AUGGCGGAUGUUUGGCCCGGGGCCGGGAGUCCCAAGGAGUCCAAGGAUUACCUCUACACUUAUCAGAAACUCGAGAACCCCAAUGACAUCCGUCUCGUCGCCCUUCUCCCUGGCGAACACGACCAUGAUAUAGUCAUCGAUAUCUCCCAUGUCCCGCUUCCCGCGCCCAUGUCAUCUGUGUCGCUCCACCCGGAGAGGAUGUCAUUGGAACAGGUUGCCGCAACCCUACCUCCCGGCUGGGCGGCGUUUGAGGCUUGGGACGGCCAGUAUAUCUUUUGGGGAGAUGACGGAUCAGCCGUGGAGCGGUUUACAUGGACUCACCCCGACCCAUCGUUCAACCAUGCCCUCUACCAAAACCCAAAGCGUGCCAAUUUCGAGCCCAGCUAUGAAGCCCUUUCAUAUACCUGGCGCAAUGCGGCAGGAGGGAAACCAGAGACGAUCUAUAUCUGGACGGGUAUCCAUGACCAGGAACAGGACACAUCCACCGCCUCGACAGCACAGCAGUUCACCAAAGGAUCGAUUCCGCCUCGAAGCUACAGCUGCCUCCAGGUUGGCCACAAUCUUGCGUCAGCCAUGCGGCAUCUACGUAAUCGAACGGAGAAACGCAUGCUUUGGAUAGACGCCCUGUGCAUAAACCAAUCUGAUACCGACGAGAGAAAUGCUCAGGUCCAGCGCAUGUGCGAUAUCUUCAAGCUGGCGGAAAAAGUUGUUUUCUGGCUCGGUGCAGAAACCGAGAACAGCACACGCGCCCUACAGGCCCUUGAAUAUCUCGGAAAACAGUCCGUCUCCACGUUAAACGACUGGAAGCUCAUGACACCGGAAGCCACCGAGCCAGACUGGUAUUUGAAAAAAACCAACGUGGUCCGAGCCUACCCUCACGAGACGUGGACUGCCAUCAAUGACCUCUUAUGCCGCGAGUGGUUCUACCGUCAAUGGAUUGUACAGGAGAUUAAACUCGCAAGGGGCGCUGUCCUGUGCUGCGGCGAUACGUCCAUUGACUGGCUCUACUUCCGCUAUGCGAUCCGGAACCUGUAUCAGAAGGAAAGCCUUCCCCAUUCGCUUUCUCGCCCCGUCCUUUCCGUCGUCAACAACCUCGUGCAACCAGAGAGCGGAGCCGUACCUCUUUCCGAUCUCAUGUUUCAGCUGAGCAAGACCAGGUACUCGGACCCGCGAGACCGUGUCUAUGGCUUACUUGGGCUGCUUACCCCAGCCUUUCGCAACAAGAUUCGCCCCGACUACAAGAUGACGGUCGGCGACGUUUUUAGAAAGACCUUCCUUGCCCACGCUCGGCAUGUCCAGCGUCUGGAACUCUUGCACCACUGUCAUUUGACAAAGUCGGCAAACUUGAGGGACUUGUUUCCGUCUUGGGUUCCAGAUAUGUCCGAUUCUUCGCUCCCUCCGAUGAUGAGAUAUCAGUUUGCCGCCGGGUUUUCACGUUACCACCUGCCCGACACGGAAGCGACUGGCAACUCGGAGCGGUGGUCACCGCCACACUCGGACGGCGCAAGAACAAGGACCUUGGUGGUGCUCGGACUCCGGUGCGCCUCGGUCAAAUCUGUCUCGUCAAAGUUUCCAGAACAGGUUGAUGAUUUAGUCUGCAGUGUCAGGAACUUGGCAUCUGACGAGUUGGCUGCGAACAACACAGAGACAUACGUUACUGGAGAGCCCUUCAAGGUCGCGUUUGCCAAGACGUUGUGUGGCGACCGUCUUCGCGAGAGAUUUCCUGGUGCGGACGAGUCGCACUCCCCUAGCUUGACCACCUGGCUUCAACAGAACUCCGCCUAUGCUUUAUUCGGCGACGGCACACGCCUGGGCAGUUCCGCUGUGGUGGAUUUCGUCACCAGUGAAGAAUCAACCCUCCCUUGGUUCGAACACACUGUUCUGGAGCGCCUCAUGAACCGGCGUUAUGUGGUGACGGAGGAAGGGUAUGUAGGUCAUGGACCCCCUGAUAUUCAACCAGGCGACAUCAUCUGCGUCCUCCUAGGUCUUUGCACCCCUGCCGUCCUACGACCGCGACCACAAUCAAGCAGCUCAAGACACGCAGAAGAGUUUCUGUACGUUGGCCCAAUCUACGUGUACGGUCUUCAUGACGUGAUUGGCAUAUUAGGCCCAUUACCCAAGCCAUGGCGUGUUCAGGUGCUUCAGAACGAGUCCGGCUUUUGGGGCACAUAUCGGUUCUUCAACCCUGACGCCAACGAGCUAUCGGAUGAGGAUCCAAGACUACCUUCCCUAGAGUUGGAAGGCAUAUGGGAGCGACUGGAUGGUAUCAAAAGGACGGCCGAUGAUCCAGUGGUUUUCCAGCGUUUCAGGAACAAGCUGACUGGCGAGACGAUCAGCCAUGACCCGCGGAUGGAGCCCGAUGCUCUGAGAGCCCGGGGAGUUGAUGUCCGGGCUUUCAAUCUGGUGUAA